UUUCUUUUCCUCACAAGGAGAUGAAGACCACAAUAAACACUCUUCCAGUUUACCCUCUUAAUUACCAGUAUGUUUCUGGUAAAACUACGACAUUUACAAUCCCUUCAUUCCAUUCUUCUUGCAAGUGGAAAACUGGUUGCAACCUGAAGGUUGUGAAAACUUCCAUGGCUAUGGAGGAGGUAAAGGUUGAUGCAUCCUCGUUCUCGAAGCUAACGGCAACUGUCAGUAUCAGGAUAAGCAAGGAAGUCAAUCUGGUUAAGAAGAUGAUAAAGUCGUUCCCAUGGUUAUAUUCACGAAAUGAUUCGUUAGAUAAGUUUGUGGUGAAGGGUAUUGGUUUUCAACUUGUUAGCACCCAACUAGAUCCAAGUACCAUGAAGCCAAAGAUGAGCAAGGAAUCUGUAAAAGAGUGGUCCAAAUGUACAACAGAUGAAAAAGAUAAUGAUAGAGGCUGUUUCACGUUCGAAGUUGAGCUAGUAAUUGAUGCAGACUUUGGAGAACCAGGGGCCAUCCUGGUGAGAAACAAUUACGAAGAGGAGUUGUAUCUGGAUGCCAUCUCCCUUGAAGGUUUCUUUCACUUUUCAUGCAACUCCUGGAUUCAACCAGCUCAAACUAGCAAACAGAGAAGGAUAUUCUUUGCUAACAAGGUGUAUUUACCAUGUCAAACUCCCAAGGGGCUAAGAGACUUGAGAGCUAAGGAACUUAAUAAUAAAAGAGGUGAUGGAAACGGACUUAGGUUACCUUCAGAAAGAAUAUAUGAUUAUGACGUAUAUAAUGAUCUUGGAGAUCCCGACAAAGGAGCUAAGCACGCAAGACCGACAUUAGGAGGCGAAAGAAACCCGCAUCCUAGGCGUUGUCGUACAGGACGUCCCUCCUCAAGUACUGAUGAAACUAUGGAAAAGCGGAUAGAUACGUUGAUUUCUUCAAUAUAUGUACCACGAGAUGAAGUUCUGGAGGGGGCCAGGCGCACCGAAUUCCUGAUAGGAACAUGGAAGGGAUUGCUUCGCAAUAUUCCACCCUUGGUGGCCACUUCCAGAAAGAGUGAAAUUUCUAGGGAUCUUAGUGAUGUUGCAGGCCUUUAUAAAGGUGCACCACAAGUUGAUCAGACAAGUUUGAAAGGGUUUGGACUGUUAAAUUUUCUAGAUAUCAGUGGAUAUAUUAAAGAAAUCUUCAAGUUUGAGACUCCAAAAAACAUUUUGUCAGGGGACACAACAAGCUAUGUACGAGAUGACGAACUUGGCCGCCAAACUCUUGCAGGGAUGAACCCUAUUAGCAUUGAGAGGUUAAGGGUCUUUCCUCCUGUGAGCAAACUUGAUCCUUCAAUCUAUGGACCAUCAGAAUCAAAUCUUAAAGAAGAGCAUAUUAUAGGCCACCUGAAUGGUUUAUCGGUACAACAGGCCAUUGAUGAAAACAAACUCUUCAUAUUGGAUUACCACGAUAUUUAUCUUCCAUUUCUAGAGAGGAUAAAUGCUCAAGAAGGUCGAAAAGCAUAUGGAACACGUACAAUAUUUUACUUGACAACAAUGGGAACCCUAAAUCCCAUUGCAAUCGAGCUUAGCCUUCCUCCUAAGGACGGAUCUAAUAUCCCAUCAAGACAAGUUCUCACUCCUCCGGUUGAUGCAACCACCAAUUGGCUUUGGCAAUUAGGCAAAGCUCAUGUAUGCUCAAAUGAAGCGGGUGUUCACCAACUUAUUCAUCAUUGGUUACGUGCGCACGCAUGUAUGGAACCAUUCAUCAUAGCUACUCAUCGACACUUGAGCUCAUUGCAUCCAGUUUUUAAGCUUCUUAAUCCCCACAUGCGACAUACACUCGCAAUAAAUGCAACAGCACGUGAAAGCCUUAUAUGUGCGGAAGGAACUAUCGAGCGUGACUUUUCUCCAGGAAAAUAUAGCAUGGAGAUGGCUUGUGCUGCCUACCGUGAUUGGUGGCGCUUUGACUUAGAAGGCCUUCCUGCAGAUUUGGUACGAAGAGGAAUGGCAAUACCCGAUGAAUCAAAGCCCCAUGGAAUAAGAUUACUCAUAGAAGACUACCCAUAUGCUAAUGAUGGGCUUCUCAUUUGGUCUGCAAUUCAGGAGCUGGUACUUUCAUAUGUGAAUCAUUACUACCCUGAAGAAAAUGUUGUUAUAUCAGACAAAGAACUUCAAUCAUGGUAUAGUGAAGCCAUUAAUGUAGGGCAUGCCGAUCUUCGUGAAGCUAAUUGGUGGCCCAAACUAUGCACUCCCAACAAACUUACAGAGAUAUUGACCAUUCUAAUAUGGAUUUCAUCGGCACAACAUGCAUCUCUUAAUUUUGGGCAGUACCACUAUGGUGGAUAUGUCCCAAAACGCCCACCACUUAUGCAAAAACUUAUACCCCAAGAACAUGAACUCGAGUAUGCAUAUUUCAUGGGCGACCCACAAGGUUAUUUCCUAGCAUCAUUGCCUAGUUUGUUUCAAUCAACAAAGUACAUGGCCGUAAUUGAUAUAAUCUCAGCACAUUCACGUGAUGAGUCGUAUAUUGGGGAGAUAAAGGAUGUCAUCACUAAUUGGUCUGGCGAACCUAACAUUAUUAAGGCAUUCUAUAGAUUUUCAAUGAAAAUUAAAAGUAUUGAAGAUGAAAUUAAAAGAAGGAAUGCUGAUAUGAGACUUAGGAAUAGAUGUGGUGUUGGGGUUCCACCUUACGAGCUGCUCAUACCAACUUCAAAACCCGGGGUUACGGGAAGAGGUGUACCAAAUAGCAUAACAGUGUGA